GAAGUCACGACCUACAAAAUAUUCCGACUUUGAUGCGCCAACUCGAAACAAGAUUACAGAGUCUCGAGUAUGCUCAAAUGCCUCACCCCCCUUAUCACCGGUAUUCAGUGUCUCAACCGCUGUUCCCUCCACCAAAAUCAAUGUAUCCACGACCACUAAUGGUGACCCCAGUUCAUUCCCCUCAGUAUUUACAUCGCCCACGCGACAAAACGAACGAGCAGUAUCCCCCAAAUUACCCUCUGCGCCCACGCGACAUAACGAACAAGCAGUAUCCCCCAAAUUACCCUCCGAGGCCAUGGUUACCCCAACCCCUGGCCAACACGCCCACCAUUUCCACGUCGUAUGUAGCUCGUGAUAACAAUUUCCCGCUCCCUACCCUACUGGUGGCCAAUGUCCGUUCUAUAAUUAAUAAAAUAGACGAACUAGAGUUGGUAGCUCAAAUUAACCAAGUUGAGGUCAUAUGUAUCACUGAAUCUUGGCUUAACACCUCUGUUGUGGACUCAAUGAUUUCGUUAUCGAACUUCAUCCAAUUCAGAAAUGAUCGCACAUACUCCUGCGGUGGCGGCGUUUGCAUUUAUAUUAAAGAAGAAAUUUACUGUAGGAGGCUUGAGCAUUUCGAGGAUCCAGCCAUUGAAUCCCUAUGGUUACUACUUAGACCUAAGCGUUUACCAAGAUCUAUAUCCGCUCUUCUACUUGCA